UCAUUGUUUGUCUCUAUCUCUCUCGCUCCAGCUUUGCAUCUUUAAACUUCUCUCUCUCUCUCUCGCUCGCUCUCUCCAGAAUCUCCUCUAUCACUCUCUCCACACACACACACUUCAUUUUCUGUCCGUGAAAACCGGGUUGUUUGAUUUAGUUCUACUCGGAUCGGAUCGGAUCGAAUUACAGUUCACUACUGUCUGUUUCCGACUGCUGGGAUAAUUAUCUGAUUGACGACUGGUUUAGAGCUUAGGCUUCUCGUGUGUUUGUGAGAGGCCUUGGCUGUAGUUCCAAAAUUUAGGUUGUAUUUUGAUUGUGAAGGCUUGUUGAAUUGUUUGAAUUAUACAAUCAAGAUGACAAUCAGAAACCCUGGUACACCAGUUUCGAAAAUAGAUAGGACACCUGCAUCUACCCCUGGAGGGAGUAAAAGUAGGGAAGAGAAGAUAGUGGUCACGGUUAGAUUGAGACCAUUGAAUAAAAGAGAGCAAUCUGCAAAAGAUCAAGUAGCAUGGGAAUGCAUCGAUGAACACACGAUUGUGUACAAACCGUUGAGUCAGGAACGUGUUGCCCAGCCGUCUUCAUUCACAUUCGAUAAAGUUUUCAGUCCUGCUUCUUAUACUGAAAAUGUGUACGAGGAUGGAGUGAAGAACGUUGCAUUGUCUGCUUUGAUGGGAAUUAAUGCAACUAUUUUCGCAUAUGGUCAAACUAGCAGUGGAAAGACAUACACAAUGAGAGGGAUCACAGAAAAGGCCGUUUAUGACAUUUACAAGCAUAUAGUUAACACUCCGGAGAGAGAUUUUCGAAUAAGAAUUUCAGGGCUUGAGAUCUAUAAUGAAAAUGUAAAGGACCUGCUGAAUUCUGAUUCUGGGCGUAAUCUAAAGCUUCUAGAUGAUCCAGAGAAAGGAACUGUUGUAGAGAAAUUGGUAGAAGAAACAGCAAAUGAUGACCAACAUUUAAAAAGUUUGAUCAGAAUUUGUGAGGCACAAAGACAAGUAGGUGAAACUGCCCUAAAUGAUACUAGCUCAAGGUCUCACCAGAUAAUAAGGCUGACAAUUGAAAGCACACUCCGUGAAAAUUCAGACUGUGUGAGGUCUUAUGUUGCUAGCUUGAACUUUGUAGAUUUAGCCGGAAGUGAAAGAGCGUCACAAACAAAUUCAGAUGGGGUUAGGCUCAGAGAAGGAUGCCAUAUUAACCUCAGUUUGAUGACUCUUACAACUGUUAUCAGGAAGCUCAGUGUUGGAAAAAGAAGCGGUCAUAUACCAUAUCGAGACUCAAAGCUCACACGCAUAUUACAGCACUCACUCGGUGGUAAUGCACGCACUGCCAUCAUAUGCACUUUAAGUCCUGCGUCUAGCCAUGUGGAGCAAUCCCGAAAUACACUUUUCUUUGCUACCCGAGCCAAGGAAGUAACGAAUAAUGCCCAAGUAAAUAUGGUUAUAUCUGACAAGCAGCUGAUUAAGCAUUUACAGAAGGAAGUAGCUAGGUUAGAAGCAGCACGCACACCAGAUCCACUAAGUGAAAAAGAUUACAAAAUUCAGCAGAUGGAGAAAGAAAUUGAGGAACUGAGGAUUCAAAGAGAUCUUGCGCAGUCUCAGGUUGAUGAGUUGCGACAAAAACUUCAAGAACCACAGGUUUUACAGCUGACUGAGUCCCGCAGUCCAAAUGUUAAAAAAUGUCUCUCAUUUUCUGGGGCCUUAUCACCUAACCUUAUGGGCAAGGAACCAGGGUAUCCAGAAAAGACAAAAAAUACAAUGGCAAGACAGGCCAUGAGGCAGUCCUCCACUGCUCCAUUCACACUCAUGCAUGAGAUCAAAAAGCUUGAACACCUCCAGGAACAGCUUGGUGAGGAAGCAAAUCGAGCACUGGAAGUAUUGCAGAAAGAGGUUGCUUGCCAUAGACAAGGUAACCAGGAUGCUGCAGAAACAAUUGCUAAGCUACAAGCAGAAAUUAGAGAUAUGUGUGCAGUUCGACCAGCUCCUAAAGAAGUUGAAGUCGAAAGUGUUGUUUCUGUUAACAAAAGUAUCAGUGCCAACCUCAAGGAUGAAAUAACCAGACUUCACUCACAAGGAAGUAACAUUGCAGAGCUUGAGGAGCAGCUUGAAAAUGUUCAGAAGUCGAUUGACAAAUUGGUCAUGUCUCUUCCAAGCAAUGCAGACCAACAGUGCAAUGCUGAAACAUCUUUGAAGACCAAAAAUCAUUCUAAAAAGAAAAAGCUGCUUCCUCUAGCAUCAAGCAACACAGCCAACAGGCAAAACUUCAUAAGGUCUCCGUGUUCUCCAUUAUCAUCUACAAGGCAAGUGUUUGAUUCUGAGACCGAAAAUAGAGCUCCGGAAUGUGAAGACAAUUGUUCCAAUGAAACUCCAUUAGUUUCGGGAAAAGAUGCUCCACUAAAGAGUGAGGAUGGUGGUGAUGUUUCAUCGAAGGAAGGUACUCCAUAUCGCCGUACAAGUUCUGUUAACAUGAAGAAAAUGCAAAAGAUGUUUCAAAACGCAGCUGAAGAGAAUGUUAGAAGUAUAAGGCAAUAUGUAACAGAGCUCAAAGAACGUGUUGCCAAGCUGCAAUACCAAAAGCAAUUACUUGUCUGCCAGGUGCUUGAGCUGGAGGCAAAUGAAGCAGCAGGGUAUGACUUGGAGAAUGAUGAGAACAUGCCUGAAAUACAAGAGGAGUCUCCAAUAUCAUGGACUGUUACUUUUAGGGAACAAAGGCAGCAGAUCAUUGAGCUAUGGGAUGUUUGUUUUGUCUCUAUUAUUCAUAGGACUCAGUUCUACUUGUUAUUUAAAGGAGACCCUUCUGAUCAGAUAUACUUGGAAGUCGAGCUUAGGCGAUUGAAUUGGCUACAGCAGCACUUGGCUGAAAUUGGUAACGCGACCCCAGCUCAUACUGGAGAUGAGCCAACCAUCUCCAUAUCUUCAAGUCUUAAAGCAUUAAAGCGUGAACGGGAAUUUCUUGCAAAGAGAUUAUCUGCUCGGCUAAGUGAGGAAGAAAGAGAAGCUUUAUACAUAAAAUGGGAAGUUCCAUUAGAAGGGAAGCAGAGGAGAAUACAGUUCAUAAACAAGCUUUGGACAAAUCCACAUGAUUCUAACAAUGUACAGGAGAGUGCUGACAUAGUUGCAAACCUCGUUGGUUUACGUCAGAGUGGUAACUUGUCUAAGGAGAUGUUUGAGCUGAACUUUGUGCCUCCAUCUGACAAGAGACCAUGGAUCAUGGGCUGGUCCAACCCUAUCUCCAACCUUCUCAAUUUGUGAGAAAUUCUUUUUAAUCAUUUUUAAAUAACAUUCUUUAAUUUAUUAAUGGGAGUCGAAUUCUAUGUAGUUCUAGUUUUUCGAAACAAUUCUUAAAACAAAAUGCUUCUGAUUGCUCUCAAUCUUGAA